UGCAACACUAAGUCCUUGAGCUUCACUGCAGACAACUGGUUUCUCCUUCGCUCUUUAGCUUCAAAUGAGCUGCUGUGGCAAAUUUUGACCCAGCACAACGACUUUAGAGGUUUACCUUCACUCGUGAUUUUACUAAGCAAACGAAUGCAGUAAAACGAUCUGCUUCAAACGUAGGUAGAAACGAGAAACGGAAAUAGAAAAGCCUGAAACAGCUCCAAUGCCGCAGUGAAGCUGUGACAGGUGAGCGCCUUCCACUCGGAAGGCCCAAGAUGGCUGGGCGAGGAACACCGCUACCCUCGCGGGGGCCUACCCCAGGAAAGACAGGGGUCGCGGCACGCCCCCCGCACGACACGGAUUACGUAAUCCCGCUCGCCGCAAACGUGCCGCAGGGUGCCCGCCCCUAGCCCCUCCUCCCGAAAAGCGCGGCGGCCAGUGUCGCACGUGAAGCAUGCUGGGACUAGCUCUCAAGCCUCCCGGCAGCCCCUGCGACGGGCGCGGUACGUAAGGAGCUGGCCGGCGGCGGACGUUCUCCGUAAGAUGGCGGAUCGUCGGCGGCAGCGCGCUUCGCAGGACACGGAGGACGAGGAGUCUGGCGCAUCGGGCUCAGACAGCGGCGGCUCCCCGGCGCGGGGCGGCGGGAGCUGCAGCGGUAGCGCUGGAGGCGGUGGCAGCGGCUCUCUGCCUUCUCAGCGCGGAGGCCGAGCUGGGGCCCUUCAUCUGCGGCGGGUGGAGAGCGGGGGGGCGAAGAGCGCCGAGGAGUCGGAAUGUGAGAGUGAAGAUGGCAUGGAGGGCGAUGCUGUUCUCUCGGAUUAUGAAAGUGCAGAAGACUCUGAAGGUGAAGAAGGGGAAUACAGUGAAGAGGAAAACUCCAAAGUGGAGCUGAAAUCAGAAGCCAAUGAUGCUGCUAAUUGUUCAGCAAAAGAAGAGAAGGGAGAAGAAAAGCCUGACACCAAAGGCACUGUAACUGGAGAGAGGCAGAGUGGGGAUGGACAGGAGAGCACAGAGCCUGUGGAGAACAAAGUGGGUAAAAAAGGCCCUAAGCAUUUGGAUGAUGAUGAGGAUCGGAAGAACCCAGCAUACAUACCCCGGAAAGGGCUCUUCUUUGAGCAUGAUCUUCGAGGGCAAACUCAGGAGGAGGAAGUCAGACCCAAGGGGAGACAGCGAAAGCUAUGGAAGGAUGAGGGUCGCUGGGAGCAUGAUAAGUUCCGGGAAGAUGAACAGGCUCCAAAGUCUCGACAGGAGCUCAUUGCUCUUUAUGGCUAUGACAUCCGCUCAGCUCACAAUCCUGAUGACAUCAAACCCCGAAGAAUCCGGAAACCCAGGUUUGGGAGUCCUCCGCAAAGAGAUCCAAACUGGAUUGUUGAGCGACCAAACAAGUCCCAUCGCCAUCAGGGUCCUGGGGGCACCCUACCACCAAGGACAUUUAUUAACAGAAAUGCUGCAGGUACUGGCCGGAUGUCUGCUCCCAGGAAUUACUCUCGAUCUGGGGGCUUCAAGGAAGGUCGUGCUGGUUUUAGGCCUGUGGAUGCUGGUGGGCAGCUUGGUGGCCGAUCUGGUGAGACUGUUAAACAUGAAGCCAGUUACCGGUCACGGCGCCUAGAGCAGACUCCUGUGAGGGAUCCAUCUCCAGAAGCUGAUGCUCAAGUGCUUGGCAGUCCUGAGAAGGAAGAGGCAGCCUCAGAGAUUCCAGCUGCUGCUCUUGAUGCUGCACCACCAGCCCCUGACAGGCCUAUUGAGAAGAAAUCCUAUUCCCGGGCAAGAAGAACGAGAAUCAAAGCUGGAGAUGCAGUCAAGGUUGCAGAGGAGGUGCCCCCUCCACCUGAAGGGCUGAACCCAGCGCCUCCAGUCCCAGAAACUACCCCUUCUCCACCUGCUAAGACUGGAGCCUGGGAGGCUCCAGUGGAUUCUACUACAAGUGGACUUGAGCAAGAUGUGGCACAACUAAAUAUAACAGAACAGAAUUGGACUCCAGGGCAGCCUUCGUUCCUACAGCCACGUGAGCUUCGGGGUAUGCCCAAUCACAUACACAUGGGAGCAGGACCUCCACCUCAGUUUAACCGGAUGGAAGAAAUGGGUGUCCAGGGUGGGCGAGCCAAACGCUAUUCAUCUCAGCGGCAGAGACCUGUGCCGGAGCCUCCUGCCCCUCCUGUGCACAUCAGUAUCAUGGAAGGACAUUACUAUGAUCCAUUGCAGUUCCAGGGACCAAUCUAUACCCAUGGUGACAGCCCUGCCCCACUGCCUCCUCAGGGCAUGAUUGUGCAGCCAGAAAUGCACCUUCCCCACCCAGGUUUACAUCCCCACCAGACACCGGCACCUCUCCCCAAUCCGGGCCUCUAUCCCCCACCAGUGUCCAUGUCUCCAGGACAGCCACCACCUCAGCAGUUGCUUGCUCCUACUUACUUUUCUGCUCCAGGCGUCAUGAACUUUGGUAAUCCUAGCUACCCUUAUGCUCCAGGGGCACUGCCUCCCCCACCGCCUCCUCAUCUAUAUCCUAAUACGCAGGCCCCAUCACAGGUAUAUGGAGGAGUGACCUACUAUAACCCUGCCCAGCAGCAGGUGCAGCCAAAGCCCUCCCCACCCCGGAGGACUCCCCAGCCAGUCACCAUUAAGCCCCCACCUCCUGAGGUUGUAAGCAGGGGUUCCAGUUAAUAUGAGUUCUUAAAUAUUUUAAAUCGAACAUCCUAUAAAAAACAGCAGAGGUGAGAACCCAGGAGAGAAGAGAAAUACAACUGGCUGUUUACUACCAGGAGGGCUUCAAAGUUAUAGGGUGGCUCCUACCAGCAAGCAGCUGAAUGAGGAGGACCCCUGCCUUCCUCUGAGGACAGACUCUGUUGGAGAAGGGGCUAACAAGUGGACUUCCUCCCAUCUCCACUCUUUACUUGAGUUGGCUGUGCUCAGAGGAGCAGAGGUCCAGCCAGCUCAGGCUUCUGGGUCUACAUCUAGAAGCCCAUGUCUUUUACUCUUCUUCACUUUUUCCUGGGAAAUUCAAGUGUCUUCUCCCAGGGAAGCUCCUUCCUGUAUGUUUUGUUUCCUAAGACGUUCGUUUGUAAAGCCUGGCUUAUUAUUCUUAAAUUAAUAUUCUUUUAGUUUCUUUUUCUCUUUGCCUUUAAAUGAGACAAAUUCAUUCUUCUGAUUUGCUAGCUCCUCUGGGUUCCCUUUUGGUCUUUCCCUGCAUCCCAGAUAAUUGAAGUUUUACCAGCCAGUUUUCCCCCACCAAGUCUAUAAAGAGGUGGCCUUUCAUUUUUGUCUGGCCGUUGUUAUUGUACUUGGAUUCUCUCAAUUCCUCUAACCCUCGAAGCAGAGCCGUCCACAGAGUGUCUCAUUGUGGAGAAAAGUUCAAAGUGUGUGGUAGGAGCCCUUCGUCUUGACUUCGAUUUCCAGGUGUCUGAGCCUCCAUCAGUCCCUGUACUGUGUAGGUGUCAGUCCUCUACUUGAGGGCAGAGUCUCUACAGUGGGGAGAGAUGGCAGUCCAGAUGCCCUUGUGAGAAAGGGAGAGUGGAAUAAGCCUUUGCCCCUUAAGGGUCUGUAUUCACACAGUCCUCAGGGCUCAGUCUUGGAGGUAAGUGGAGUUAGAGGUCCCUCUGCUUCUCUUCUUUCCAUCCUUCCUACCACACCCCCUUUCCAGUUGCUGUGGACCAAUGCAUCUCUCUAGAGGCAGAUACUGUCCAGCAAGUGGUCUGCCCUAUACUUUGCAGUUGCUCUUCUCCAUGUCUUUCCUGCUACAAGUGUUUUAGAUGUUACUACCUGAUUUUCCCCAAGUUCUGCUCCUGUCCCUGCAAACAGAAGAUCCCACAUCUGGGCUUCAGGCCUAAGGAAGCCAGUCAUUUUCGGGACAACGGCUCCUCUUCCUUUUCUUCCCUAUCCAUGGCGCUGAACCACUCCCCUGCUGCCUCUGUGGAAGAGAUCCCUAUUACUGCAGCACUUGUAUCUGCCAGGGGUAAUUUGGCCACUGUCCCUAUCCUACAGAACCUGAGGGAGAUGGUGAUGGCUGUGUUUCCCCAAGUAAUGUCACUGUUUCUAUUCUCUCCAGGAGCUGACCUAACCACUCUUGAGUCACAGGUGUGGGGUGGGGGGUGGGGAGAGGCACUCAAGCUGUAACCCCCAAGGAGAAAAUAACUGAGAGAUUCUUCUAGGGGUAGCUGGUGGUUGUGCCUUUUGUAGGCUGUUCCCUUUGCCUUAAACCUGAAGAUGUCUCCUCAAGCCUGUGGGCAGCAUGCCCAGAUUCCCAGACCUUAAGACACUGUGACAGUUGUCUCUGUUGGUCCACUGUGUUUCAUUGCAAGAAUUUCUCCAUGUGUGUUGUUGUUGUUGUUGCUGUUGUUGUUUGUUUGUUUGUUACUAUUUUAAAGGGUGCACAUUUGUGAUCAGCAUUGUGACUUGGAGAUAAUAAAAUUUAGACUGUAAACUUGG